GCCGUGCCCGGCGCGCCGCGUCUCUCCGCAGGCCCCGGCCGCGGCGUCCGUGCGUCCCACAGCUCAGCGUCAUGGAGCGGCCGGCGCCCUUGGCCGUGCUGCCCUUCUCGGACCCCGCGCACGCCCUGAGCCUGCUGCGCGGCCUGAGCCAGCUGCGCGCCGAGCGCAAGUUCCUGGACGUGACCUUGGAGGCGGCGGGCGGCCGCGACUUCCCCGCACAUCGCGCGGUCCUGGCAGCUGCCAGCCCGUACUUCCGCGCCAUGUUCGCGGGGCAGCUGCGCGAGAGCCGCGCCGAGCGAGUGCGCCUACACGGGGUGCCGCCCGACAUGCUGCAGCUGCUGCUGGACUUCAGCUACACCGGGCGCGUGGCGGUGAGCGGCGACAACGCCGAGCCGCUACUGCGCGCCGCCGACCUGCUGCAGUUCCCGGCCGUGAAGGAGGCGUGCGGCGCCUUCCUGCAGCAGCAGCUCGACCUGGCCAACUGCCUGGACAUGCAGGACUUCGCCGAGGCCUUCAGCUGCGCGGGGCUGGCGAGCGCGGCGCAGCGCUUCAUCCUGCGCCACGUGGGCGAGCUGGGCGCCGAGCAGCUGGAGCGGCUGCCGCUGGCGCGCCUCCUGCGCUACCUGCGCGACGACGGGCUGUGCGUGCCCAAGGAGGAGGCGGCCUACCAGCUGGCCCUGCGCUGGGUGCGCGCGGACCCGCCACGACGCGCCGCGCACUGGCCGCAGCUGCUGGAGGCCGUGCGGCUGCCCUUCGUGCGCCGCUUCUACCUGCUGGCGCACGUCGAGGCCGAGCCGCUGGUGGCCCGCUGCCCGCCCUGCCUGCGCCUGCUACGCGAGGCGCGCGACUUCCAGGCUGCGCGCUAUGACCGGCACGACCGCGGGCCCUGCCCCCGCAUGCGCCCGCGCCCCUCCACCGGCCUGGCCGAGAUCCUGGUGCUCGUGGGCGGCUGCGACCAGGACUGCGACGAGCUGGUCACCGUCGACUGCUACAAUCCGCAGACCGGCCAGUGGCGCUACCUGGCUGAGUUCCCUGACCACCUGGGCGGGGGCUACAGCAUCGUGGCUCUGGGCAAUGACAUCUACGUGACGGGUGGAUCCGAUGGCUCCAGGCUCUAUGACUGUGUAUGGAGGUACAACUCAAGUGUGAAUGAGUGGACAGAGGUGGCGCCCAUGCUGAAGGCUCGAGAGUACCACAGCUCUUCUGUCCUGGACGGGCUGCUAUAUGUGGUGGCAGCCGACAGCACAGAGCGUUAUGACCACACUACCGACUCUUGGGAGGCCCUGCAGCCCAUGACCUACCCAAUGGACAACUGUUCCACCACCUCCUGCCGAGGCCGGCUCUAUGCCAUCGGCUCCCUGGCGGGCAAGGAAACCAUGGUGAUGCAGUGUUACGACCCAGACACUGACCUAUGGUCUCUGGUGGACUGUGGCCUGCUCCCACCCUGGUCUUUUGCACCCAAGACUGUGACUCUGAAUGGACUCAUGUACUUUGUCAGGGAUGACUCUGCCGAGGUGGACGUAUACAACCCCACAAAGAACGAAUGGGACAAAAUCCCGUCUAUGAAUCAGGUAAAUGUGCAGGUGCAUGUCGGGGGCAGCCUGGCUGUCCUGGGAGGGAAGCUCUAUGUGUCCGGGGGAUAUGACAACACAUUUGAACUCUCGGAUGUGGUGGAAGCAUAUGACCCAGAGGCCCGAGCAUGGAGUGUGGUGGGGCGGCUUCCGGAGCCCACCUUCUGGCAUGGCAGCGUAAGCAUCUUCCGCCAGUUCAUGCCACAGACACCUCCAGGGGGCCGUGGCUUCGAGCUGGACGUUGGCAGCAGUGAGGUAGAUGCAGGUCGCCGCAGGCUGCCACAGAACCCGGAUGAACUGCACUAGCCCCGGCCUGGCCCAGAGAGGGCCUCGGUGCAGGGGAACAGCCCCCUGCUUGGUACACAGGACGCAAUGAGUUGGUCACCAAGUGGAAUGCAGGCUUGUGGAUGCUGAGUAAGCGCCAGGACGGAUCAUGUGAAAGUUUCUCUGCAUUCGGAGCCCAGGUCACAGCUGCUGGGGAGGAAGCUGUGGUGACUACCUCUCCUGUGGUCAAGGCACGGUGGCUUCCUUGCCUUCACCUGUCUCAGCCUCCCAGAAGUCACCCCCAGUCUAUGACAUCCAGCUCACUGUUGGCUCACCAUGCUGUGUGCCCCUCCCUGCUGGCACCUCCGUCUGCUUGCCCUCACCUUGGAAGUAGAGGACAAAGGCCCCUGUGCAUGGCUGAGACUGGCCUGACCUGGGACACUAGAAACAGGAAGACAGUGGCUACGGUGGAAUCCCACACUCCACAUCUAGGACCGGGAACCCUUGUGCCUAGCUCUCCAGAUAGAGGGGUGUCAGCCCACUUAAUUGCAUACCUCUGUUGGGGGAUUGCACCUUGGUGUGAGCUUGAACAGGUCCAGAGGGGCCACUGAGUUUUCUAUUUCUGGAGUAUCCUCACCUGGCAAGCAGUCCCCGCACCCCAGGGCUUCCUGCAGAGGCAAGGCUGGAGGAGACGGCCAAAGCCCACAGUGCAGGGUUGCAGUGGCUCCUUCCCAGGAGUCUCACUUAUGCCCAGCCAAGUGGGCAGGUGCUGGACCUGGGAGUGAACCCUGCUUCUAAAGGAAGCCUUGGGCCGGGGUGGCCCCAAUGAUUGGUGCGAGGUUGAAAUGCUUACAGUUUAACCUUUAAAAGAAGUAGGGAAGGCCGGGUGUGGUGGCGCACGCCUUUAAUCCCAGCACUCGGGA